GGGUGGCUGGCUCGGAGGUAACAGCUGCCCAUGACCAAGUACGCGAGGGCCGCUGGCAAUGAGGCCAAGGCCGCCAAGGCCCGCGGCUCCGACCUGCGCGUGCACUUCAAGAACUCGCGCGAGGCUGCCCGCACGCUCAAGGGCAUGCCCCUGGCCAAGGCCAAGGCCUACAUGCAGGCGGUGAUCGACCACAAGCGCUGCGUGCCCUUCCUGCGCUUCAACGGCGGCGUGGGCCGCACCAGCCAGGCCAAGAACGAGGGCAACAAGAUUGGGCAGGGGCGGUGGCCCAAGAAGAGCGCCGAGUUCCUGCUGGGCCUGCUGACCAACGCGGAGAGCAAUGCGGAGGGCAAGGGCCUGGAUGUGGAUGCCCUGGUGGUCUCCCACAUCCAGGUCAACCAGGCGCAGAAGGGCCGCCGCAGGACGUACCGCGCCCACGGCCGCAUCAACGCCUACAUGUCCUGCCCCUGCCACAUUGAGCUGAUCCUGGAGGAGAAGGACCAGGCCAUCAAGGCGGAGGCGGAGGAGGGCCGCACGCGCAAGCUGAGCAAGAAGGAGGCGGCCAAGAAGCUGCGCAGCGGCACCACCAACAAGAGCAGCUAGGCAGCCGGCGGCGGCGGGCGGGCGGCUGGGCGCGGCAGCAGCAUGGCGCCGGCCCAGACGCUCUGACCCCGCUGCUUUGGUUGCAUCCUACUGUAACACACUAGACACGCA